AUGGCUAUACUAACAACAGUAUCCGCAGCGGUCAAAGCCGCACUAACUAUAGGCGGGAUAAGCAAGCUGACAUUCAUCCCUGCCAUGCUAGCGGCACUGGCAUACUUUCACUACGACUUACUCGACCCCGAGAACCGGCCGUUCAAUCAAAAAUACCUCAGAGAAGAAUACGACUUCGUUAUAGUAGGGGGAGGAUCGGCCGGGUCGGUCUUAGCCAAUAGGCUAUCUGAAGUCGAAGGUUGGAACGUUUUACUGCUGGAAGCCGGCGGGCAUGAAACUGAAAUAAGCGAUGUUCCGUUGCUGUCUCUAUUCUUACAUAAAAGUAAAUUGGACUGGAAAUAUCGAACUCAGCCUCAAGACUCCGCCUGUCAAGCAAUGGUUGACAAGCGUUGCAGCUGGACAAAGGGCAAAGUACUUGGAGGAUCCUCGGUACUCAACACAAUGCUUUAUAUUCGUGGUAACAAAAACGAUUAUGAUCAUUGGGAGUCCUUAGGAAAUCCUGGCUGGGGCUACAAAGAUAUUUUACCAUAUUUCAAAAAGUCUCAGGACCAAAGAAACCCAUACUUGGCUAAAGAUAAGAAAAAUCAUGGAGUAGGUGGUUAUUUGACCGUUCAAGAUGCUCCAUAUAACACACCAAUUGGUGCUGCAUUUUUACAAGCUGGUGAGGAGAUGGGAUACGAUAUACUAGACGUAAAUGGAGACAAACAAACAGGUUUCGCAUGGUUUCAAUUCACUAUGAGAAGAGGUACACGUUGCUCUACAGCAAAAGCUUUUCUCAGACCUGUCAGAUUACGUCAAAACCUUCAUAUUUCACUGUUCUCGCAUGUCACCAGAAUUUUAAUAGACAGAGAAACUAAAAGAGCAUACGGCGUUGAAUUCAUUAAGGAUACUGUUAAACAAGUCGUUUAUGCAAGACGCGAGGUUAUAUUGGCAGCUGGUGCAGUAGCCUCACCACAAUUACUUAUGCUAUCUGGAAUUGGUGCAGCUAAGCAUCUAGAGGAAGUCGGCAUUGAUGUAGUUCAAGAUUCUCCUGGCGUCGGUAGAAAUUUACAAGAUCACAUUGCUGUUGGUGGAAUCAUUUUUCAAAUUGAUUACCCAGUAAGUUUAGUUAUGAAUCGAUUAGUAAACAUUAAUUCAGCACUGCGCUACGCUGUAUCGGAAGACGGACCGUUGACUUCAAGUAUUGGCUUAGAGGUGGUAGCUUUUAUAAACACAAAGUACGCAAACGCAACAGAAGACUGGCCAGACAUUGAAUUCAUGAUGACUUCAGCAUCUAUACCUUCCGAUGGCGGUACGCAAGUUAAAAAGGCCCACAGUAUUACUGACGAAUUUUACGACGAAGUCUUCUCACAUUUAACGAACAAAGAUGUUUAUGGUAUCUUCCCGAUGAUGCUCCGACCGAAAAGUAGAGGAUUUAUUAAAUUAAGAUCUAAAAAUCCCCUCGAUUAUCCUAUUAUGGUACACAACUACUUGACACAUCCAGACGAUGUUGGAGUAUUAAGAGAAGGCGUCAAAGCAGCUAUUGCUACAGCGGAAACACAGGCGAUGAAACGUUUGGGAGCAAGAUUUAACAGCAAACCGGUACCAAAUUGUAAACACCUCCCCCUUUUUACUGACGAUUACUGGGAUUGUUACAUAAGGCAGUACACUAUGACAAUUUAUCAUCUUUCAUGUACUGCAAAAAUGGGGCCAGCCAGUGACCCAAUGGCAGUCGUGGACCCACAGCUCCGAGUCUAUGGAGUAGAAGGACUUCGAGUUAUAGACGCUAGUAUAAUGCCAACUGUAUCUAAUGGUAAUAUUAACGCGCCAGUAAUUAUGAUCGCGGAGAAAGGCAGCGACAUGAUAAAAGAAACUUGGUUACCAAAGAAUUCAAACAGGCGGAAAAGAUCUAUAAAACGUACGAAUAUUAGCCAAAUAUUCCUGAAAAGCGAUGACAUCAGCUCGAAGUGUGAUAUUGAAAGAUGAUAUUAGGGUAAUUUAGGGUAUUAUUUUAUUAUUUUACGCCAUAUUAAAACAUCACAAGCAACGAUUCAUAAUUGUCAAGGAAAUGCUGAUAGUUAUAAUUUUUCUAGUCGUCUCAUUUGACAAAUACCUACAUACAAUACAAUUGUUAUAUCUUACAUUGAGCAGAAGCUAAAACAAUAGAGUGCAAUUUAUAGGAUAAACGUACAAAUAGAGAAAUACAUGCACAUAAAUUAUAGUUUUAAGUGGUGUGGAUUUUUGUUAUAAAGAAGUGGUGUUUGUUGGAAGGAUUGAUUGUUAUUAAUGAUUUGACAAAAGCUAACUUUGCAAUAUAUGUAACUAGUUACUAUAGACAUUGGUAGUUAAUUUAAAUUUUGUAAAUAAUGAAACAAUAAAUUUAUUUAAUUUCUCUGUGAGAUAAAAAAAAA